UUUUUGUAUGUAUUGUACAAUUGGGGUGUGGCUGAAAAAGAAUGGGAGAUGAGUCGCUCAGGAAAGAGUUAGAAGAAAGGACGAGAGAGGUUGGCAGGUAUAAAAUACAUAUUUCAGAAAUCAAUAAAGAAAAUAAAAAACUAAAACGUGAAAAUGACAAUCUAAUUGGAGAAAAUCAUAAUCUAACGGCUCGAAUUGAGACACUAGAGAAACAAUGUGCACAUUGCAGAGGGUUAAUGGCAAAGCAGGUUGCACAACGUCCUGAUGCUGCCUAUACUCCAUCACUUAUGCACGAGAUGAAAGAUAAAGCUGCAACUACUGAAGAAGCUAAUCGAGAGCUAAAAUUACAAGUUGAGCAACUAAAGAAGAAAUUGGAUGAGUCUCAAAAUCAAGAGGCAUAUCUCAGUGAAAGGUUGGAUGGCCUUGAGUAUCAAUACAAUCAAGUCACAUCAGGCAAGGAUUCAAACAAGGAAAAGUUAUCAUCUGUUAAUGAAGAGCUACGCCUAUUGAAAAUUAGUCACGAUGAACAAAAAGAAGACUACGAGAUAGAAAUAUCAAAGCUUAAAUGUGAUAUUAAAGAGCGUUAUGAUGAACAGAAGGAACGUGAAGAGAAAUGGAAGUCGAGAGAGUCAGAUUUGUUACUUAAAAAUGCAGGCCUAGAGGGAGACUAUCGCUCAGUUUAUAAUGAGCUACUGGAGUACAAGAAUAAAACCAGCAGCUCUGGAUCCAUCGAUAAGGAGGCAGCCACACAAUCUC